CGCGUUCGUGAGAGUCCGACUGAAGAUGACGCGUGAACGCGGAGCUGCGGCCAAAGCCAAACUCACUCAUCCUGGAAAAGCCAUCCUGGCAGGUGGAAUCGCAGGCGGCAUUGAAAUCUGCAUCACGUUUCCUACAGAGUAUGUGAAGACUCAACUACAGCUAGAUGAGAGAGCCAAUCCACCACGAUACAGAGGAAUCACGGACUGUGUGUCUCAGACGGUCCGUCAUCACGGAGCGAAGGGUUUAUAUCGAGGCCUCAGCUCGCUGCUGUACGGAUCCAUCCCUAAAUCUGCCGUCAGGUUCGGUGUGUUUGAGAUACUCAGUAACCAGAUGAGAGACGACGCUGGGAAGCUGGACAGCACUCGAGGGUUAAUCUGUGGUUUGGGAGCCGGCGUGAUGGAGGCCGUGCUGGUCGUCUGUCCCAUGGAGACCAUAAAGGUCAAAUUCAUCCAUGAUCAAACCUCAGCUAAUCCCAAAUACAGAGGCUUUUUCCACGGAGUGCGCGAGAUCGUCAGAACUCAAGGAAUCAGAGGGACGUAUCAAGGCCUCACAGCUACGGUCCUCAAGCAGGGAUCCAAUCAGGCGAUCCGGUUCUUCGUCAUGACCUCUCUGAGGAACUGGUACAAGGGUGAAGAUCCCAACAAACCCAUCAACCCCAUCAUCACAGGAGCGUUCGGAGCGAUGGCUGGAGCGGCGAGUGUGUUCGGGAACACGCCGCUGGACGUCAUCAAGACCAGGAUGCAGGGCUUGGAAGCUCAUAAAUAUAAAAACACCAUUGAUUGUGCCAUGAAGAUCAUGCGACAUGAAGGACCAGCGGCGUUUUAUAAGGGCACGGUCCCACGGCUCGGACGAGUGUGUUUGGACGUCGCCAUCGUCUUCAUCAUCUACGAGGAGGUAGUGAAGGCCCUAAACAAAGUCUGGAAGACGGAGUGAACGAAUGAAGAGAAGAGAAGAGAAGAGAAGAUAAGAGAAGAGACACUGUGAUCGAGCUGUUUGAUUUCAUCCCAUUAGUUCUGCCUUUAAAGAUGCACAUAAUAUACAAAAUUUAUAUUUUAAUAUCAUAGAACUGCUCUGAAAUACUUUUAAACUGUAUUCAUAUUAACAUAAGGUAUUGUAAGUGCCAAAUUUAACAGAUUUUGUUUAUUGAUAAAAAUAUUUAAUAAAGAGCAAACAAACACAAACACACAUGAACGCCGUGAGCCAGAGAAGUCAUUUAGAGAAAAGUGUGACAGAAACAUGUUUUAACCAGAGAAAAUCUUUAAAAACAAGUGGGAAUAUUUACAUAAUGGGCAUAUAUGAAUAUUUAUUGAUAUAUUUACAUAAAAAGAGAAAUUCCAUAAUACUGUAUGAAAUUUUUUUUUUUUUCUGACGUUUCUACUUAAAAUAUGUUUUUUUUAACGUUUUAUCUAAGGCUAAUAUUUUUACAUUUGUAAAAUCAUUUUUAUGAAUUAUUUUGAAUAUAUUUUAUAUUUAUUUUUCUGUUGCACACGUGCCUUUAACCAGUAAACUCUUACAUUUAUUUUUCUGAACGACACAAGCAGACAUAUUUAAUAAUUCCUUUGUUGUUUUUGAAGCAUAAUUUAUGGUCCUGACCCGCUGUAUGAACUGUGUUGGGAAUAUAGAUGGAGUGAAUGUCAGAAUCACACACGUGCUGUAAAUGCGAGCCCUGGAUGGAUGAUUUAAGUGUGUUUUCUGUGUGAACCCUUCAGUUUUGCAGCAUGAAUCUCCAGCUCUGUGUGUGUCAGCAUGUGUAUGAGGUGAAACAGUGUGAUGCAUCUGUUAUUGAUCAUGUUGAUUGAUCAGAAUCAGCCGGAGAGAUGUUCAUGUGUCUGGAUGGAGCUCGUGCUUCAGUGUUGAUCUCUGUGUGUGUUUUUGGGCUCCUUAGAAAUAUUCUGUGGGGUUGUUUGUGCCAUGUAUUGUUAAAUGUUUGUUUAAAUUCUUGGCUUUUUCUUUGUAGAUCUGGAUGCUUCAUAAUACUAAAUGCUAAUGUGCUAAUAAAAUGAUUUAAUUUUCACAGUUGAA